CACCAAUCAGUGAAAUAUCAUCAUCAUUAGCAAGUUAGUUUGUCCCUCAGCACACGUGAGUGUAAAAAGAAGGCGCUGUGUUGGUUAUUCAUCUUUACAUUUCGUUUUUUUCCAUUACUUUAACUCCUUUCUGUAAUGAAGACGAAAAAGGAGUCAAGUGAGGAGAUGUUUGUCUCUGGCUCAUGUCAUGAUGAGGAUCAGCCUGCUUUCCCAGCCAAAAGGAGCAAACCCGAGGUCCCGUCAGAAGAGAUUGUCUAUCACCCAGUGAAGCUGUCGAGAAAUGACCUCUACAGGCCUCCGUCAGCAGAAGAGUUGAACCAGUUGAAAGAGGCUGAAAGCUUAUUUCAUUGCAGCCUCCUUAAAAUGCAGAUGGAAGAGCUGCUAAAAGAAGUGGUCUUGAGUGAGCGGAGGAGACAGCAAAUUGAUUCGUUCAUUGAAAAAGUCACCAAGUGUCUUCAGGCUGUGCCGACUUUGCCAAAAGUAGAGGUAAGCGACCUGUCUUGGCUGUCUGGUCCAGUGAAAGUUCCUUUUCUUCUGAUGCCCAAAGCAACAAAAGGAAAGUUCUACAUGACCCCACCAGCUUCCAUCAAUGUGAUUGGUAGCUACCCUCUUGGGACAUGUAUUAAACCCCACAUCAAGGUAGACCUGGCUGUCACGAUUCCUGCUGAUGUUCUUCAACCAAAAGAUUUUUUAAAUCAAAGGUAUCCAAGGAAGAGAGCUCUUUACCUUGCAGGCCUUGCCCAGCAUCUCUCAUCCUCCUCUGAAGUUGGUACCUUGCGGUAUUCCUGUCUUCAUGGGAACCGCCUCCGACCAGUACUUCUGUUGACUCCUCCAGGUAAAGACUCCAGUUUUACGGUACGUGUUCACGCUUGUCCUCCUCCUGGAUUCUUCAAGCCCAACCGUUUCCACCCCCAAAGGAAUAAUGUCCGGACGGAGUGGUACACUGGAGUGCAGACCGCCCAGCCUGAGUCCAGUGGCCCUCCCACUCCUCAUUACAACAGCUCUGUUCUGGGAGAUUUACUGCCCAGAGCUCACCUCCAGUUUCUGUCUGCUGUAAGCUCCCAGUGCUCGGCUUUCACCGACGGCGUGGCUUUACUCAAAGUUUGGCUUCACCAAAGACAGCUUGACCAGGGCACCGGUUGUUUCAGUGGUUUCCUUGCCUCGAUGCUGGUGGCUUUUCUUCUGAGCACUCACAGAAUCAGCAACAACAUGACAGCCUAUCAGCUGCUGCGAAACAGCUUAAACUUCCUUGCAUCCACAGACCUGACAGUGAAUGGAAUCAGUCUUGCCAAGGACCCUGACUCUUCAGCUCCUUCUCUGGCUGAGUUCCACAGUGCUUUCCAGGUUGUGUUUGUCGAUCCUUCAGGACAUCUCAACAUGUGCUCUGAUAUGACUGCUUGUGCUUACAAACAGCUGCAGCAUGAGGCGUCUUUGUCAAUGCAGUUCUGGGAUGAGCCCACUGUAGACGGUUUCCACUGCCUUCUCAUGACCCCUAAACCCAUGAUAAGGACAAGUGACCAUGUCUUCCAGUUGUGCGACCUUGUGAAACUUCAGUCCACCUGCAAGAAACAGAAUCUCCUGAAUGACCUGAUGGAUCUCAGUGGAAACUACAUCCAGGCGGCGCUCCCGUUUGUUCUGUCGCUGCUUCAGCAAGGACUUGGUCAGAGGAUUCACCUGCUCACCCACUCCCUCGCUCCGGAUCUUGAGUGGUCUGUUGAGAGUGAUGCCCCAAAAUAUAAAGCUCAGCCUCCUCUCUCCUUUGGUUUGCUCCUUCAACCGGAGCUAGCAUCUUGUAUCCUGGAAAAAGGUCCUGCUGCGGACAACCCAAAGGCGGUUGAAUUUCGUCAGCUGUGGGGCUCGCGCUCUGAACUGCGCCGCUUCCAGGAUGGUUCCAUCACCGAGGCUGUGCUGUGGGAAGGAGAGAGCAUGUGCCAGAGGCGACUGGUCCCCCAACAGAUCGUCACAUAUUUGCUCCAGGUCCAUGCGGACAUCCCAGAAGCCUCUGUGCGGCACAUUGGAGGGAUUGAUGACGUUGUUAAAACAGGAAGUGAGGUGCCCACUACUGGCGAGGAGGAAAGUUUAGUUGUGGUUCAGGCUUAUGAUGACCUGAGCAGGAAAUUGUGGAACCUGGAAGGGCUUCCUCUCUCUAUAACUGCAGUGCAAGGCGCCCAUCCCGCUCUAAGAUACACACAAGUAUUUCCACCUCGGCCACUAAAGGUGGACUAUUCCUUCUUUGACAAAGAAAAGAUUUCCAGAUCCCUGAUUCCAAAGGAAGGCAAACCUUGUCCAGCAUACAUCACUCCCAUCACAGUGAUCUGUCACAUGGAGGGAAGUGGAAAAUGGCCUCAUGACCGUCUGGCGAUCCGUCACAUCCGAGCCGCCUUCCAUAUCCGACUUGCUGAGUUACUGAAGAAGCAGCACAAUUACACAUGCAGAGCCUGCCCUUCACAUCUGGACGUCUGGAAGGAGGGCUUGGCGUUUCGAAUCCAGGUGGCGUACCAUCGUGAGCCUCAGGUGCUGAGGGAGAGCGUGACGCCAGAGGGCCUGCUGGUGCUGAGGGACAACGAGGAAGCUCAGCAGCUGGAGGUGGCCACCAUUCACAAACCUCUACUCACCAGCACAUUACACGGGCUCCAGCAGGAGUAUUCGUGUUUCGGCGCUGUUUGCCGCCUGGCUAAGCGCUGGCUGGCAGCUCAGCUCUUCAGUGAUGAUAUCACAGAGGACACAGCAGAUCUGCUGGUGGCGUCACUGUUCCUGCAGCCUGCUCCCUUCACUCCUCCAGGUUCUCCCCAGGUGGGCUUCCUUCGUUUCCUUCAUCUGCUCUCUUCCUUUGAAUGGAGGAACAACCCGCUGAUCGUCAACCUCAACAACGAGCUCACAGCUGCAGACUACACAGAGAUCAAGAAUGGCUUCAUGGCCUCCAGGGAGUCUUUGCCUGUCAUGUUCAUAGCAACGCCUAAAGACAAAAAGUCAUCUAUGUGGACCAAACGAGCCCCUACUGUGCAGAUGCUGCAGCGAGUGAUGACAGUGGCUGCAGAAAGCCUGAAAGUCCUGGAGCGUCAGCUGAUGGAUGGCAAACAGUUACAAGAUGUCAGGGUUGUGAUGCGUCCGCCCCUGGAUGCCUACGACGUUUUGAUUCACCUCAACCCAAAGCAGGUGCCCCUGCUCAGCCAGGCCGUCGACCCCCCGUCUGUCAACUUCAGCAGAGGCGUCACGGCCCAGAGUGCUGCCCAGUCUGGGGGGUCUCUGCCAGUAAUUGACUACAACCCUGUGUUCCUUUACCUGUUAGAGCUCAGAGAAGCGUUUGGAGACCUGGCCCUCUUUUUCUGUGACCCCUAUGGAGGAACAGUGAUUGCAGUUUUAUGGAAACCGAAGGCCUUUGCUCCUGCACCUUUUAAGACCUCGCAGGUGUCUGCCAGGACCGUGAAGGUGACCGGCAAUGAAGCAAAAACCCUCCCCAACGUUGAAGCUAUACUGGAGGACUUCCGGGUGCUUGGAAAGGAUUUGGUCAAAUCAGUGGAGGCCAAAAUGGACAAAUGGUCAUUUUAGAUGCUUGAAAACCUCCAUAUCAAGAUCCGUGUGUUAAGAAGAGGAUUUUGUGACUUGAUGACACCUCACUAAAAUAGAACAAAGAAAUAUACAUGAAUAAUCAAAGGACCUUUUGUUGGAACUUUUCUUUUUAAAUAAUAAAGAUAAAAAAUAAUGUAUGUUAAUACAGAAUGCAAAUCUUGACUGCAAGUUUUAAUUGAAGUUGUUUAUACGUUUUAAAAAAAUAAAUGCAUUUUUUGUCGCUAAAU